AUGACGUAAAGAGCAGAGAGAGUUGGAGGGUUCGGGUAAAAAUGGCUGAAUAUUUAGCUUCGAUAUUCGGGACUGAAAAGGACAAGGUUAACUGCUCUUUUUACUUUAAGAUCGGGGCCUGCCGGCACGGGGACCGGUGCUCCCGGCUUCACAACAAACCGACUUUCAGCCAGACCAUAGUGCUUCUCAACCUGUACCGGAAUCCACAGAACACCGCCCAAACCGCAGACGGAUCGCACUGUCACGUGAGCGACGUGGAGGUGCAAGAACACUAUGAUAACUUCUUCGAGGAGGUGUUCACGGAGCUGCAGGAGAAGUACGGGGAGAUUGAAGAGAUGAAUGUGUGCGACAACCUGGGGGAUCACCUCGUGGGCAAUGUCUAUGUCAAGUUUCGGCGGGAAGAGGAUGCAGAGCGGGCAGUGGCUGAACUCAAUAACCGCUGGUUCAACGGGCAGGCCGUGCAUGCUGAGCUCUCUCCUGUCACCGACUUCCGGGAGUCAUGCUGCCGGCAGUAUGAGAUGGGGGAAUGUACCCGCGGGGGCUUCUGCAACUUCAUGCACCUGCGGCCCAUCUCCCGGAACCUCCGACGUCAGCUGUAUGGGCGGGGACCCAGGCGCAGACUAGCUCUGAGCACCGUCCAAAGACCAGCGCCUGAGUCUCAACCCCCAAACCAGCUGGGACUCCAAAGCCCCAAACCCAAGACCAGUCUGGAUCUCCAGUCCGGAGAUCAGUCCCUGAGAACCUGUCCUGAUACCACGCAGGAACUCUGGUUACCUGCCCCAUCCCAGAGCAGAGAGGCAGACCCGGGGAAUGGUGCCGUACUCCUUCCAGCUCUAACCCUCAUCUCUCUACUCCUGUCCCCAGGUCGCCCCCGAGGUCCCAUACCGGCCACCGUCCCCGAGAAAGAAACCGACGACGUUCCCCAGACCACCGGCAUGGCCGCUUCUGAGACCCUGGCUCCCUUGAUCUCCACCCUUGACAGGCAUAAAUGUUCCUGGCCAGGACCCCUCCUGAAAGCUCCCUUAACCCCCCAGUGCCAUCUUCCCUAGGCUCCGGGGCUCCAUGAUGUAAAUCUGUUCAACACAGGGACCUUCUCUCACCACCCCUCCCCUAAUAAAGUUCUGUAUUGAGGGUUUA